UUCUAUUGGCUGCCUAGCUGUUCGUCUUUCUCAAAGCCCUCCCCCUCGUCGAUCGUGGCAGCGCCAGAGACAAGCACCAGGCUGAAAUGGCUCUGUGCCUGGCUCGGAUGACCCUUGUCGUCGUGGCGAUGGCUGUCCUCAGCAAGACGGCGGAGGGAAAGAAAGAUAAGAUGCUGUACUGCUCAGCCUGCAGGGCACUUGCUGAUGAGCUGAACUACUCCAUCAGCCGAGUCGACCCGAAGAAGACCAUCCAUGUGGGGAGUUUUCGGCUCAAUCCGGACGGAAGCCUGGAUGACAAAAAGGUUCCUCUCGCUAGAUCGGAGACUCACCUAACUGAGCUGCUAGAGGAGGUCUGCAAUAGCAUGAGUGACUACGGACUUCACGUGGACCCAGACACCAAGGAGAAGAGCUACCGGCGGUUCGCUCCCAGGGAGAGUGGUGGGGGUGACUUUCCAGACCUGAAGAACUUCCAGUUUGAUGGCCCCCACGGCUCAGAGUCCCUGAAAUUCGCCUGUGAAAGCAUAGUGGAGGACUAUGAGGACAAAAUCAUCUCGCUCUUCACGCAAGGGGAGGACCACGUGGUCGACACAUUGUGCAGCGAAGUAUCAGGUCACUGCAAAAGCGCCUCAUCCUCUCGUGCUGAACUGUAGUCCAGCUGAUGACGCUGAUGGCGAAGUCGAAAUAAGAACAAACAAUCCAAGUAUCAAAACCAUUGUCAGACUUAAACAAUUGCUGGAAAUUAUAACUUUUGUUUGAAGCUAUUUUUGAAUAUUUUAAUAAUAAAGUUUCUAUUUAAAGAAAAA